AUGCUGGUACGUGUUAACAUAUGCUGUUGUAAAAGACUAUCUACGGGUACUUUGUUUCUAUUCACUGUUUACCUACUGGUCAUACUACUUGUAGUAUUUGUGUGUAAAAAUAUUCCACUAUCACCAUUAUUCAAACUCUUCCAUCAUGACCAAAAUAAAUUGUUGGAACGAGCCUCAGAAUCUAACAAGUUGAGGCUUUGGACAGCCACGCGAUACUUUGAAUCCAAGAAACCUGCAGAUUCAAUGAAGUUCUAUGAUAGAGAGUUUGAAGAUCAAAUGGACAUCGUAAUUGUCGUUGUGACAGUUAGACGGAAGACCGUGAAGAAAUUUUCGCUGGGGUAUCUUACGCAAACAGCGGCGGCAUUAGACAGGAUUGUGAGAAAGAACAAGUCCUUUGACAUAAAGUUGUUUCUCUGUAACACUGAAACUAAAGGUUUGGAGCAUAAAGAGGCUCGAUUUGUGUCGUUAUAUAUUCCUAUGAUUACAAAGAGCAAUGGCGAAUCAGAAAAAAGAAUAAUUGAAAAGAACAAUACAUAUCGAAAGGAGACCACGGAUUAUAUAUACUGCCUGGAUCAUGCCAGAUCAAUGUCGCCAAGGUAUAUUUUGAUGGUAGAAGAUGACUCCAUUCCUAACGAAAACUUUCUUGAGGUUAUAAAACAUUCUUUAAAACAGCUUGGUGACCGCAAAUUUGCUUAUCUAAAAUUGUAUUACCCUCUGAAGUGGCAGGGUUUUGCUUUUGAGACGUCACGAGUUGUAGAGCUUUUGUGUUUCGGUGCGAUCGGAGGCUCUCUCUCCCUGGUGUUGCAUCGCCUUUGUCUACUUAAGAGACAAUGGAAACGUUCACAAAAUGUCCACUUUACAGCAGGUUUCUUAUACAUAAUAGUUGUUAUCUACCUGAUCGGGCGACAGAACAUCAUGACCUUCAGAUCAUGGUCACAUCACCUUCAUCUUCUACUACCUUCGCCGGCAUGUUGUACGCCUGCCAUGUUGUAUCCGGUGGAUGCCGUUCCAUCACUUGUACAUUUCCUCAACAGUUCACAGCAUCAAGAAAAUGAAGAACACAUUGACCUUCAGAUUUAUAACUUUACAAUGACAAACAAUUUACCUGGGUAUCAAGUGGAGCCAAACUUAUUUCGACAUGUAGGGAUGGUUUCCUCUCUGUCGUCGAAGAUAAAACAGCCAGAGGAAUUUUUAUGACACUCGGCGAACUUUUAUCGUUGCUUUCGUCAGUAAGUUCGAUAGAUGUGAAGUUAUAUUUCACCAUGACACAUUUUUCCAGGUAAGUACGCAUGUCUGUGGAAUAUCACAAUCAGAAUCGGCUUUAAGCGUGACUCUGUCACCUUCAUCAGACAAGUGGCCAGUGCAGCGUGUAUGCUUGGGGAGCUAGUAUAGGCUAAGCCUGUUGCCAAAUUCCCUUUGUAAAAGAUCUAUGCAAUCAAAUAUUCUGAAAUGAAGUAGCUGGAGAUCCGCCAAUUCUGCCUCCUUGUCAGCAGUGGCACUAGAAGGUAGAAGGACAUAUUGGAUCUCCAGCUUUUCAUUCAUGCGGUGGUGCCAGUCUGAAAAACUAAAAAUCAGUACAGUAAUUACCAUACGGACAUGUAGGCCGUAAAGGUUUCAAAGUAUCAAAUGACCUUAUCAAAAAUUGAAUCAUGAAUGUAUAGAAUAUGUAUUUGUAAUUGUUGCUUUGAAUGGAUUUGAUUGUUUAGAUAAACUUAUUGCUCAUUCUACACUGAUGGUAAUAAGGACAGUCAUAAGGUGGUCGUAGCCAUUGUUGCGAUGACGCAUCUGGGAUGUUCACAUCUUGCCCUGAAUUGACACGAAGACAUUUUGUCUGUGUACCGUUAAAACUUUAUUUGGACUGAAUUCUAUUGUCAUUGUAUACUAUAUGGUUAUCUUGUGUGGGUGAAGAAAAGCG